AUGGGAGUUGAAUUGAGAGGAAAAUCCAUGAGACUGUCCACCCCAGUCCACAUUUGCAAUGAGGUGUAUCUUUACCAGAUCUUCCCGGAAAGGCAGCAGCUUCGUUCUACCCUCAGGAGCUGUGGACUUAGUGUCGAAACUGGUAAGCAAAGAACACGCCACGCCCAAGCCAACCCCCAAGAGAGAACUACAAUUCCCAGCAGCUCGCGCAGACGUCGGGCCACGGCCAUAGCGCGCCUGCGCAGUGACAGAGAUUCCGGCUGUGUGAUUCCCGCCAAUUCUUGUAGUCCUGAGGACCGUGAGUCCCGCGCUCCAUGGAGACUUUUAACCCCGCCGAGCUGCCGGAGCUGCUUAACCUUUAUUACCGGAGGCUUUUCCCCUACGCUCAAUACUAUCGCUGGCUCAACUAUGGAGGAGGUGAUGGAAGCCGGGAGCGGAGUGGGCAGUGGUUCUGAGGGGACUCCCAAUCAACACAAUACAGUGAAGCUGGGAGCUUUCCAGGCUCAGGAAAAAGAAUUGGUGUUUGACAUUGACAUGACAGACUAUGACGAUGUGAGGAGAUGUUGUAGUUCUGCAGAUAUAUGUUCUAAGUGCUGGACCCUCAUGACGAUGGCCAUACACAUAAUCGACCGAGCACUGAAGGAGGACUUUGGAUUUAAGCAUCGUCUCUGGGUAUAUUCUGGAAGGAGAGGUGUUCAUUGUUGGGUCUGUGAUGAAUCAGUUAGAAAAUUGUCCUCUGCAGUACGUUCUGGGAUAGUUGAGUACUUGAGUCUUGUAAAGGGUGGUCAAGACGUUAAAAAGAAAGUCCACCUAAGUGAAAAAAUUCACCCUUUUGUCAGAAAAUCUAUAAACAUAAUAAAAAAAUACUUUGAAGACUAUGCUCUAGUUGAUCAAGAUAUUCUUGAAAAUAAAGAAAGCUGGGAUAAGAUCUUACCCCUUGUUCCUGAAACAAUUCAUGAGAAACUUCAGCAAAACUUCCACAGGUAUCACAAUUCACUUCAGCGUUGGGAGUAUUUGAAGAAAGCCAUCAGCUCUCAGGAUAAUACAAAAAACGACAAAUGUGGACCCUGGCUUGAGUGGGAGAUCAUGCUCCAGUACUGUUUUCCACGGCUGGAUAUCAAUGUUAGCAAAGGAAUCAAUCAUUUGCUGAAGAGCCCUUUUAGUGUUCAUCCUAAAACAGGUCGCAUUUCUGUGCCUAUUGAUUUACAAAAAGUGGAUCAGUUUGAUCCAUUUACUGUUCCAACCAUAAGCUCCAUCUGCCAUGAAUUGGAUACCAUUUCCACUAAUGAGGGAAAGGAGAAAAACGAAGCUGAAUCUGAUAUCAAACAUAGAACCAGAGAUUAUAAGAAGACCAGUCUAGCUCCUUAUAUAAAAGUUUUUGAACAGUUUCUUGAAAACCUGGAUAAAUCUCGAAAAGGAGAACUUCUCAAGAAGAGUGAUUUACAGAAAGACUUCUGAAGAUAACAACUCUCCUCAAACCAUUGUAGAUAUCUUCUACCUUCAGCCAAUAACCAAAUACUUCAAGAGCAAUUAAUGAAUAUGGUGGAACCAUAUGUGUCUUAGUGCUCAAACCAAAAUGUCCUUUUCUUGAAAAAUAAUUAUGUUGAAAAGAUUCCUGAAACCACCUAAGGAGACUGCCCAGGUUUCUAGAAGAGCAGUAAUGAGAGGAACAAGUAGAUUCCAGAUAAAUUUGUAAAAGUUAAUAUUAUACAAAGAUAAUUCUAAGAUUUUUGUUACAUCUUUUACCAGUUGCCAUAUGUAUUUUGAUAUACUUCUACCAGUUGCCAUAUGUAGAGGCAAGUGAGCAGUAAUAUGCUGAAGACUUUAAUCUCAGCUCAAGAUAACAACCUCCAUAUUUCUGGACUGAAUAUUCUAGGUACAUAAGAGCUUUGUCCUUAAAUCAUAGACCUUAAGUUAAAUUAAUUAUGCCUGGAGUAUGUAUUAGGUCAUUUUUAAUUUUGCUUACUGGUAUUUUUAUUAAUCAGGCCACACCCCAAUGCACAUCUUUUAAAAAUCCUUUUAAACUGGGCAUUUCAACGUAUGAGUUACUAGAUUACAAUAUUAGGGCAGACUAGAGUGGUUUUUUUACAACUGUUGCAUUUGUAGCUCCUAACUUCUUUCCUCAGAAAACAACUGGAUUAGUCAACACCAUAAAGCAGCAGCUUAGAAUAGCCAUUUCACCAACAUAAAGCUUGUUUUAUUUAAGACACUUCCCUUUCUACAUAUCCAAAUACUUAAAGGUUUCUUUUUUCUUCCAUAUUUGAUUUUUUUAAUUUCUGAGAGAGAGACCGCAUGAGCAGGAGAGGA